CCUUACAUUCUUCUAUCAGCUGGAGAUCCUUGACAGCAGAGGAAGUGGUUCCUCCCCUGCAGUUGGGCGUAGCCAGCUGGGUCAGCUUCCGCUGGAUAUUUGCUCUGAAGGGUCUGCAGUUUUGAGAUCUCGGGAAAUCUGACGUACAGCCAGCGGAAGGAACUUGGCUUUGUGACCAAUGAGGAUAUUCUCUUUGGUUUCUGCCAUCUGGAGGGAACUCAGCAUAAAUUUCAGAGUUUACCAAGUUGCAGUGCCCCGGCCUCCAGCGCAGACGCAGACGCCUGCGGCCCCAAACCUCAGUGCCCCAGGCCAGCUUUUCCUUCACCCACAAGUCACUUCCCAAGUUUCUACUCUGCUCCAAGCACUCACCCAAGGAGGACACUCAGGGUUUACAAAGACUUGCUCUCUUUAUCAGCAGUCAUCUGACUUCAGCAUGAUUACCUCUCGGUUACUGGUUUAUGUGGCAGUUUUGGUUCUCUGUGUCAUAAAAGUCAGCUCCCGGGAUACAUUUAUUGCAGCUGUUUAUGAACAUGCAGUGAAAUUGCCUAAUGCCACCCUAGUACCAGUGUCCCAUGAAGAGGCAUUGGCAGUAAUGAACCAAAAUCUGGACCUGUUGGAGGCAGCAAUCACUUCAGCAGCAAACCAGGGUGCACAUAUUAUUGUGACUCCAGAAGAUGGUAUUUAUGGCUGGAACUUUAGCAGGGAAACUAUCUACCCAUACUUGGAGGAUAUCCCAGACCCUGGAGUGAACUGGAUCCCUUGUAAUAAUCCUAAAAGGUUUGGCUACACCCCAGUGCAAGAAAGACUCAGCUGCCUGGCCAAGGACAACUCUAUCUACGUUGUAGCUAAUAUUGGAGAUAAGAAGCCAUGCAAUGCCAGUGACUCUCAGUGUCCCCUCGAUGGUCGUUAUCAAUACAACACUGAUGUGGUGUUUGAUUCUCAGGGAAAACUGGUGGCACGCUACCAUAAGCACAACCUUUUCAUGGGUGAAAAUCAAUUCAAUGUACCCAAGAAACCUGAGGUUGUGACUUUUGACACCAUCUUUGGAAGAUUUGGCGUUUUCACAUGCUUUGAUAUACUCUUCUAUGAUCCUGCUGUUACUCUGGUGAAAGAUUUCCAUGUGGAUACCAUAGUCUUCCCAACAGCAUGGAUGAAUGUUUUGCCACAUUUAUCAGCUAUUCAAUUCCACUCAGCUUGGGCAAUGGGCAUGGGAGUCAACUUCCUUGCAUCCAAUAUACAUCACCCCUCAAAAAGAAUGACAGGAAGUGGCAUCUAUGCACCCGAUUCUCCAAGAGCAUUUCAUUAUGAUAUGAAGACAAAAGAGGGAAAACUUCUCCUCUCACAACUGGAUUCUUAUACACAUCACCCUAUCGUGGUGAAUUGGACUUCUUAUGCCAGUAGUAUAAAAGCAUUCCCAACAGAAAAUCAGGAAUUUACAGGUACUGCUUUUUUUGAUGAAUUCACCUUCUUGGAGCUCACAAGAGUCACAGGAAAUUACACAGUUUGUCAGAAAAAACUCUGCUGUCAUCUAAGCUACAAGAUGUCUGAAAAGAGAACAGAUGAAGUUUAUGCCCUAGGGGCGUUUGAUGGACUACAUGUUGUCGAAGGGAGGUAUUAUUUACAGAUUUGUACUCUGCUGAAGUGUAAAACAGCACAUGUACAUACUUGUGGUGGUGCAGUUGAAACUGCUUCUACCAGGUUUGACAUGUUUUCCCUCAGUGGUACUUUUGGAACCCAGUAUGUUUUCCCUGAGGUGUUGCUAAGUGAAACUCAGCUUGCACCCGGAGAAUUUCAGGUAAGAACUUUUGCUUAA